UCUGUCCUGUCCUUGCGAACCGAGCCGCUGUUUGUACGAGCCAUCGAUCGAUAAUGACAGCGUUUACAGUGUGUACGAAACUGUUUUCUUUACUCUUGCUUACGGACACGUUGUAAACGCGCUUCGGCCGUCCUGGUGGUGUUCUCGGUGCGCUUGGACAUGCCGUAAUGACACGGAAGUCGGUCAAGUUUUCCGCGGGGCUCCGACGUCCCUGGAAAACAAACUUAUUGAGACGGGAAACCGACAAGAAAACAGGACCCAAUCCCAUUUUCUUGAGUGCGUCAUGUGCUGAGCGGUGGUCGAGCCUAAGAGACAAAUUUUCCUUCAAGUCAGAUUCAGAGCUGGUCGACUAUCUUCUUACGCUAGGCGAAGCGCAGCCACAACCGAGUACAUCUGAUCAGGAGUUGGAUGGCGGAUGGGGCUCAUCUAGUCGCAGUGGAAGGAAGAAACGGGGUCCAUCUUUGAAAGCUGUUCUUCGUCGUAGUUCUCGUAAACAAGUUUCAAAAUCUGAUUUUAAUGCUGAGUUAAUUGAGAGUGAAGAGUACCAUUCUGAUGAAAGUUGCCACUCUGUGACACUUUCUGAGGAAAAUAAGAAAAUAAUUGAAAAUGAUUCAAGACCGUCAAAGUAUAAAGAAUACAGUGCUCUCUUAUGCAAGAAACGAUUUGAUUCCCAGUCAGAAGCAGUUAAUCAAUCCAACACUCAUGAAGAUAAAGUAGCCAAAGCUAAUCAACUGAAUGAAGAACUUGCCCUUCUUGUUGAGACUGUGGCACUGCAACCACAGAAACAAAAUGAAAUUGAGCUGUAUGAAUUCAAAGAUGAUUCUCAGUCAGAAAGUGGAUUGGUACACAGGUCUUCCUCUGCUGAAAAUAGUAGUAACACUCAAAAAGUCAGCCAUCGCCGAUGGAAAUCAUAUCAUAAAGAUAAAAGAAAAUGGAAACAGUCAUAUGCUGCUAUUUUACCUAAAGAAGAACAGCAUCCUGAAGUUAAGCAAAAAACUGCAGAAUCUUCUCACCACAAUACAGAAAAUGAGAGAAAAAUAUUUAAAGCUUUUAAGAAAAAUCGCAUUUUGACUGCCUACUUGGAUUCUCAAAAUAAAAUAUCUGAUACCUGUUCUAAAGAUACAAGUUCUUCCAAGAGAGAUGAUGGGGAAGUCUCAAGCAAUGAACAAGAGGAUAAGCUCGACAAAGUAAUUGCUGAACCCAGCAGUAGGAAGGUAGUUGAAGACAUUGUUGAGAGAGGUGACUCAGUGAAAGAAAAAGAGGAUAUAAAUGAUGCACAAAAAGAAGUUGUUUCCAGUGGUAAAGAAAAUCAAAGUAAAACUUCACCCUCUAGUGAACCUGUUUUUAUUGAAGUUGGUGAAAGAGUCAAGUUAAAAAGAAGAAGAAGGAAACUUCUUCAAGAUUCAAGUGACCCAUCUUCAACGACUUCCCCUGUUAAGGAAGAUGACGCUACCAGUAUAGGAGAUUGGAAUACAACUGACUUGGAAAGGCAUCAUCGUAAACAAAGGAGAAAUUGGAAAAAAUCCCUGAUAAAUUACGACCUAGAUGAUAAUGAGAUGGAUUCUAAAAACAAGAAAUCAGUCCCCGAUUCACCUUUCAGUUCAUCCAAUAUAACAAAUGAAGAAGGCAAUAAUUGUAAAACCACAGGAGUGGAAACUGUAAGAGAGCCUGAAUUAACUGAGGAAGAAAACUUAAAAAAGGAGACUUGUAGUGGUGUGUCACGAACUAUUCCGCAAGAAUGUGACAGCAAUGAAAACGAUCUUGAUGUGUCUCAAAUUAAACAAUGCUCUCAAUGCUAUUUGAGACAUUCUCAACAAAUUUGCCCUGUACUUCAUCCAAUCCAUGUUGUUGAAGAUUUGAUAACCUUUGAACAGUGGCAACUGCAAUGCCAAGUGCAAGUACGUUGUUCUGUUAUUGAAGCUCCUCGUCCCAAACUGAGCCGAAUCAAAAAAUCUGCUCCAGGAUCCCAAGACGAAGAUGAAAAGACCAAGGGGCCUGUGUCUGCCAAAGUCAUCAAUGAGUCUACUCGGUCCUUUGCUGAAGAAUCAUUGCCGGCAGUGCUGGAGCUAAAGGUUGUUGAUGAGGAACAUGGCAAAAGUGUUGUGGCCAGAACGGCCAUAGCUCAGUACACUCAGUUCGGCCCGAUUGUUGGGUCUCAAAUUCAUGAAAAGGAAAUAUCUGACGAAUCAGACAUGAGACAUAUAUGGGAGGUGCUGGAGGACAAAACUGCUAUUUAUCUGAAUACAGAGGAUUCACAAAAGUCAAAUUGGUUAAAGUUCAUGAGACCAGCACCUGAAAAAGAAAGCCGUAAUAUUACGCUUGUAGUGCGGAAUAAGAAACUUUUCUUUGUUUCGAUUGUUGAUAUUUCUAUUGGAAGUGAACUACUGUAUUGGGCUGAUGACCAUAUAACAUCAUGGUCUAAGAAGAAAAUUUUAAAAUCAAGUUGUGGAGGCUGCAAUAUGCGAUUUGCACAUCCUCUUUACUAUAGAACUCACUGCGCUGUUUUCCAUGAUCCACUUCACAGCUUAACUAUCAGAAAGUAUCACUGUAAGAUAUGUGGGGAAGCAGUGAUGGGGAAAGAGAACAUCAUGAAACAUGCAGCCGAUCUUCAUGAGGGUCGUGGGGCCUACCAAUGUCAAUAUUGUCAUAAGUUCUUCUUAAGGCUGAACUAUUUGGAGAUGCAUAGGACUUAUGGGUGCUCAUCCAAUCCACAUCGGACACGUCCUUUGUGCGACUUUUGCGGCCGUUAUUUUUGUCAACCUCAAAAAUUGAAGGUGCAUAUCAAACGCAUGCACAGUGAUAUGAAUGAAGUUUUACGUGAAUUCCAAUGCAAAAGCUGCUUGAAACUUUUGGGAUCAAGAGCCGCCCUUCAAAGGCAUUUCAAAGAAGUUCACCACAGAGAUGUUGUGGUUACAUCAAACUGUGAUCGCUGUGGAAAAUCAUUUCAGAAUCGAAGCAAUCUUAAAAUACAUAUGCUUACUCAUUCUGGCGUCAAGCCGUUCAGGUGUCAACAAGAUGGCUGCUCAGCUGCUUUCACUACCAAACAGUGCUUGCAGUUUCACUACAAGAAAGCUCAUGGUCUAUCUGAAGAUGCUUUACCUCGGAUUGAGCGUUCAAUUGCGUACACGUUUGAUGCAUAUGCUGGUGAAGGUGCUGAUGGAAGUGGAAAACCUGUUAAAGAAGAUGCCAAAAAACCCCAAAGAACUUUACGGAAAGGCCGUAAGUCUAGUGCUAAGUCACAAAAACAUUGCACUACAGAGGUGCAACCAGAACAUUCCGAAAAUCAGUUGGAGACAUCUGAGAGUCCACAUAAAACUGCAGAACAGGAUUCAGCUGAGUGUGCCGAACCUCUUCAGGUUGAUCAUUUAAUGGAGCGUACCUCAUUCAUGAGUACAGUCGAUCCUGUCCCAAUUUCAGACCUUUCAGUGUCACAAAAAUAUAUUGAUCAUGUACCUCAUGGAAACCCUCUUUCCUCAGCUGAUCCAUUAUCUCAUGGUUCCGAUGAAAGGCAAAGCGCCAGCGGCAGGGUGCUUACUCCAUUGAGAAAUGUCACUAUACAAGUGCACCCACAUGCGGAUGAGGACUAUCAUGGCCACCAUGUUGCUUCAGUCAUGCCCAGCCGUUCCCAGAGUCAUUCUCCUCAACAUGAGAUCGGUACUUCACCCAGUCAAGACCUGCAAUCAAUUAGUCAAUUUCGUUUGGAAAAUAAAGGUCACAAGAAGUGGUUGGGAGAAGUGAUAGAGGUAGCUGAAGAAGCAGCUGCUGCUGCCAUGCGGUUAUCACCACGGCUCUCUCCUCAUGUAAAACGAGAUCUUUAUGACUUUGAUGAUAACAAAGUUAAAAGUAAAUUGCAGUACAUGGAAACUUCUGUGAGACAGGAUAUUCAAAUUGACACAGGUUUAGGACGUAGUAAAACAGCCUCUGCAUUAGCACCAUUUCAUCAUCCAGAGUCUGCUAGCCUGUUGGUGGAAGCUGCUUUGGUUGCAGCCGAAAGAGAUAUAUGUUGUACGUCUCUUUCUACAAAGUCCUCACCAGAUGGCCUGACUCGUUCUCCAGAACCAAUCCUUCUGCCUCACAAUACUUAUUGUGUGCGCUCACCCCAGCAUGAAGAACCCCCAAAUUUGACCUACUAUACUCCAGACCCCUCUUCAGCCCCAGCCUAUUUAAUGACCCAUUCUUCAAGUUCACAUCCUCAUCUUCAUCAGUUGGAUACAUACAUGGGUCCGCCUAGGCUGUAUAGUGCUCAUGAUAGUCACCAACUACAUCAUCUUCCUCUUCCUCAGCGGCCACUUUCGAGUGAUGAAGAUGGAGGGGUUGACUCAGAUUGCAACUCAAGAAGUGAAUGUGCUCAAAACCUGAGCCUGAAUAUGAAAGACAAAAGUGGUUCUCAUCCAGACUCUUCAACAAUCUACAGUGCGCCCAGUCAACAUUCCGAGCUAGCAGUUCGUCCUUCCAUAUAUCAAGACCAUGUUUCUGUUCCGCAUCAAAAUGAUCUCAGUUUCUCAGGAGCUAUGGUAGUGUCAUCUCCGCAGUACCAUUUGUAUGAUCUCUCACCUGAUCGUCAACGUUCUGAUAUUUCCGUCACUGAUCUUACUGUGAACAAUCGAAGUGUUUCUCAGGAGUACAAUUCUUAUGAGGAUUUGGGUGGCAGUGUUGAUCUCUCUGUGCCACGUAGUCAUGCUCAUGAUGGCCAUGAACUUACUCCUUCACCUCCAGGGUACAGUACAACUCUUCCUCACCCAUACGAUUCACCUCAUUGUGUCUCAACCUAUUCACCUCAUCCCACUCCAUACCAGAGUUCACCUCUCCAACGUUCUCAUGUUAGUUCUUCAUCUAAUAGCCCCAAUGCUCCUCCCAGCCCAGGCCCAGCGCACUACCACACUUACCCUCCUUAUUACUGAUAAGUUUAGCCUGCUAAAAUUCCACUUUAAAGAGAUGUGUCUCUCUUGUCUACCCUCUUAUGUUGUUAAUACGCUUGCCCCUGGGGAGAAAAGAUGGUGGGGAGGUGUGACAUAGGUGGCAGUAAAUAGUUGCAAGGACUUGGCAGAGUUGUAGAAAUUUGCCCACCUUAUGUCACUUAUUUAUUAGCUAUUUAUUAACUACUUUGCAACUUGCCAUUAGGUCACACCACUUGCUUUUUUUUCCCAGGGGCAGUUCUUCUCAUAUUUGUCUAGUCUUUUUGAAAUGUGUUCAUUUAGUAGUUUGUUGUUGUUAAUAAUUUCUUGUCUGUUUAGCCUCGUUCCAUAAGAUAUUAUUUUAAUGUUUAAUAUUGAACUUUUAAAUAUGGCUGUGAUUUGUAUUGAAAUAACUUUGUUGCUUUCUACCUAGAAAGAAGCAGGUUUGGAAUCAACACCAAAUCACCAUUGAUGCGGUGAUAAUUCAAUGUUGAUACAAAGUCUGGUUCUCUUUACGAACUGUAUCAUUAUUUUAUUUUCAGUAGAAAUUUUUCUGAUGUCUUAAUUUGUUUUUCCAAAAGUACAAAGUUUUGCUCCUAGAAACACGCUUACUUAAGCCUAAAGUCUCACUCAGUCUUGUGGUAAUCAAUUUGGUCUUGAUCUCUUAAUAGUACUUUGUGGCAACUGUUAGCAAUGGGUAGAGAAAUAUACCACACAAAAAAAAUAUAGAAUUGUCUAGUCACGUAAAAACUUAAGAACUGGCUUCCUCCUAAGUGCCAAGUUUGCAUGUGAACCCAUUUUUACAAGCAUGUUUCACCUGUUCAUAACAUUUUCAUGGUUUGCCUCUUUAUUUUAUUUAUUUGCAGUGGAGUAUGAUCCUCCACUCUUUGCUUUCAAAUGUCAUUAUGUUAUGAUCUACCUGACCUGAUUAUGCUUAUUUGUGCCAAAAAUGUGUAACUUUUCCAAUGAAGUACUACUAUUCUAAUUCUUUUCUAUUUGUAUUCAAUUAUUGUGACUUUGCUGUCUAAUUUGAAGUGAUUUUUUUUUUUGUAGAAAUUCAUCAUGUUACAGGGGUGAAAU